CAAACCCCAGGACGGCAGCAUACCCUUCUUCCGCUCGAUCCGUCAAAAACACGACAAACAAGAUGUGGUGAUGGCUGAAGGACAUGGCGGCAGUUAUUGUCUUCUACCUGACCUUCAGCUUGGUUUUGGGGGAAGAGCUGCUCCUAGGAUACCUCACCGGAUCACAAAGAAGGGAAGGGGAUAAUGAGUAUUCCAGGCCAGGACUCACCAUAUCCGGGGCGAUAUCCUUGGCCGUUCAAGAGCUGAACGAAAGCCUCCUGAAGAACAACAGCAAGCAUUCUCUUAGAUUCAUCGUGGCGGAAACGAUGGGCGAGGAGGCGGUAUCCAUUCGGCAAACGGCAUAUUUAUGGACUCAGAACAUCACAGGCUACAUCGGUCCUCAAGAGACUUGCAUACACGAAGCCCGGAUGGCAGCAGCCUUCAAUCUUCCGAUGAUAUCUUAUUUUUGUACCAACUACGAAACGUCAGACAAGAGGCUCUUCCCAACAUUCGCACGAACAAGACCGCCGGACACGCAAAUAUCCAAAUCUGUUGCAGCUGUACUUCUGGCAUUCAAUUGGACACAGGUGACCUUUCUGUACAGGAACUCGAGCGAUUUGGGCACAGUCGCCGACACGAUAAUGUCCGUUUUGGACAGCUCGGGGGUGACAAUUUUGGCGACGAGGACUUGGACGACAUCCUACCUCCACGGAUACACGGACAACCCUUUUGCACAAAUGGUCGCACAAACUUACACCAACACGAGGAUCUACUUAAUCCUUGGGCAGUACGACGAACACCUUGGUUUACUCGUUGCAAUGGAAGAUAUCAAACUGUUCGACAAUGGGGAAUAUUGGGUGGUAGGUGUUGACAUAGUGCAGUAUGAUGAAAAAGAACCUACUAAAUAUUUGAAAGGGCUUCUUGUCGAUGAGAUACAACCAGCAGCCUUACACGCAUUCCGUUCCUAUUUGGGCGUGGCUCCUUCUCCGCCAACAAACCUCACCAAAUUUGCAUCCCAGGUCAACAAAUACAUGGAACUGCCGCCUUUCAACUUUCCAAACCCUGUAGCAUCCCUCGGCGGUGGAAAGCAGAUAAGUGAGGAAGCGGCGUACUUGUAUGAUGCGGUUCAGCUCUAUGUCAAAGGGGUGUUGGAGGCGUAUGAGUCUGGUGAAGACAUAAGAAAUGGGACAGCAAUCAUCGAACGUCUAAAAUGUCGCCAUUAUCAAAGUGCAAUGGGGUACAUGGUCUACAUGGACAGUAAUGGUGAUGCUGAAGGGAACUAUACACUUCUUGCGAGGAAGAUGUCCCCUACUGGAGAAUAUGGCCUUUUCCCUGUUGGUGGUUUUUCAUACAAACAGACUACUGACUCUCUUCCGGAAUUGAACCUGGCAUCUGAAAUUGACUGGGUGAAUGGUGAAAUUCCAAUUGCUGUACCUCCAUGUGGCUUUAGCGGAGAGAAGUGUAUUAGCCAUACUAUGGAGGUUGUUGGAGGGAUUGCUGGAGCAAGUUUGGCAUUUUUGAUAAUAACUGCUUUAGUCCUCUACAGGAAUUGGAGAUAUGAGCAAGAGCUAGAUAGUUUAUUGUGGAAAAUUGAUUUUAAAGAAAUACAAAUGAAUGAAGAAUUGUCAGUUACCAACGAAUUGAAAACUAACAGGAUCGCCCAUCCUUUGAUCAGGACAAGUCAAGUAUCUCUCACUUCGAACCCAGAUGCAGACUUCAGAUAUACAUCUAUUUUCACAACAAUUGGGAUUUACAAGGGAAGAGUAUUUGCAAUAAAAAGGGUCAAUAAAAAAUCCAUCGAUAUAACGAGAAGCAUGAAAAAAGAGUUAAAACUUAUGAGAGAUUUGAGACAUGAUAAUUUAAAUGCAUUCAUCGGGGCCUGCACAGAUCCACCCAAUAUUUGCAUAGUAACAGAAUAUUGCAACCGAGGAAGCCUUAAAGACAUAAUCGAAAAUGAGGAUGUAAAACUAGAUAACAUGUUUAUAGCUUCGUUAGUAGGUGAUAUUCUAAGAGGCUUAAUAUAUCUUCAAGACUCCACCCUCCGCUUUCAUGGGAAUUUAAAGUCAUCGAAUUGCCUCGUAGAUUCGAGAUGGGUUGUGAAACUUUCUGAUUUCGGUUUGAAAGAGUUCAAGAGUGGGGAAGACGACUUCCAUCAAACCUGGUCCCUAAAGCACACCUGUGAUGAGGAAAAUAAAUGUAAAUGUGAAGGAUUACUCUAUCGAGCACCGGAGCUUUUGCGAGUCACAACAGCAACCCCAGGUGCAGGAUCACAAAAAGGAGAUGUAUAUAGUUUUGGAAUAAUUCUCUAUGAGCUUCACAGCAGGAAAGGUCCAUUUAAUGUCAGCACGGGGUUGACACCGAGGCAAAUUGUCCACAGAAUUAUGUUUCCUCCUCCCAAUUCACCGCCAUUUAGGCCUCCUUUAGACCAGCUAGAGGUGAGCUUUGAUUAUGUGAGGGACUGUUUGAAAGAAUGCUGGUUUGAAAAUCCAGAAGAAAGGCCUGAUAUAAAGACUGUUAGAUCAAAGUUAAGGCCUAUGAGAAAGGGCAUGAAACCAAAUAUUUUCGAUAAUAUGAUGGCAAUGAUGGAAGCAUAUGCAAAUAAUUUAGAAGUUUUGGUCGACGAAAGAACUGAUCAAUUGAUUGAAGAAAAGAAAAAGACAGAGGCAUUGUUGUUUGAGAUGUUGCCCCGUUGUGUGGCAGACCAAUUACGAAAAGGCCACAAAGUUGAGGCAGAAAGUUUUGAUUGUGUCACAAUAUAUUUCAGUGAUAUUGUCGGCUUUACAGCAAUGUCUGCAGAAAGUACACCACUUCAAGUUGUUGAUUUCUUAAAUGAUCUGUACACUUGUUUUGAUUCAAUCAUUGUCAACUACGAUGUUUACAAAGUUGAAACAAUUGGAGAUGCUUACAUGGUUGUGUCGGGCUUGCCUGUCAGAAAUCACGACCAGCAUGCUGCUGAAAUCGCUUCUCUUUCCCUUGACAUGCUUCAUGCAGUAACAAAAUUCAAAAUUAGGCAUAGGCCUAAAGACAAAUUAAAAAUAAGAAUUGGAUUACAUUCAGGGCCAGUUUGUGCUGGAGUUGUUGGCAAAAAAAUGCCAAGGUAUUGUUUAUUUGGAGACACUGUCAAUACCGCAUCUAGAAUGGAAUCAACUGGAUUAGCACAAAAAAUUCAUUGCAGUAUAGCAGUUAAAGAAUUGCUCGACAGAUUAGGAGGGUACAUUUUAGAAGAGAGAGGUUUGAUCGAUAUUAAGGGUAAAGGUGAAGUAACAACAUAUUUUUUAAUCGGGGAAGAUCCCUGCUUCAGAGCUCUUAGAAAAUCAACCAGGGAGGAAAAAAUUAGAGAAAAUAGGCGUAUACCGAGAAGCUCUUUAAAAGUGCCUAAAGGACUGUCUAGGGCGGCGAGCUUUGAAUCGCCAAAAAAGUUAAGAUUUGCCAACAACACAAUGGAAUUCAAUCCUUACCAAAGGACCAAGCUUGAAUCCAUCACCGAUAAUAGCCCUUCAAAAUGUUUAGAUGUGGAGUUUUGCGACCAUCUCAGCGUAUCAUGUCCUUGCAUAGAAAAUAUUCAGAUACGGGUCAAUGGUGAAAAACCUAACGAGGCCACAAGCGACCCAGCAAUAUUUGUAAACGAUCAAAUCAGAGCUCCGUUACUUUCAAAAUUAGAAAGCCAUGUUUGAUUUAAACAGAUUGAGAGAAAUAAAUAAUAAAGUGGCUGUAAUAACUGUAACAUAUUUUGACAAUAAAUAUAAUUUUAAAAAGCAUAGCCAAAAAAUAAACAAACAUUAUAUUCAAUAGUUAAAUUUAAAAAAUUAAAAAUCUCAACUGAUAUUACAAAAAUAUUAAAUAUUGGAUGAUAUUUCUGCAAAAAUUGUCUUAUAUCCAAGUAUUAUAAAUAUGUAAUGUUUUUAAUUAGAGCUCUACAAGUAAAUAAAAAUUAUUAUUCACAAACAACUGUAAAAUUUGAUGUAACCCGACUGUCAAUUUCUCUAUUCAUAAAGCUUGACCAUUUCAGUCAGCUAUGAUAUAAAAUAACCUUUUUUUUUCUUGUUAUUAUCGUUGUGAUUUAAAUUUAAAAAUAGUGUUACUGAAAGAAUGGUUAUUAAGCGAAUGUUGAUAAAUGGGCAUAUCUUUUAUGAAAGUGGUUGACAUAUUUUUUAAAAUUUAAAAACCUUUGUGAUCUAUGGACAUUCAAAUCCUAAAAGUCUGUAUUAAAAUAACACAAUAUUUACAUUGCUAUUUGUUGAUAAAAUUGCAAUGGCCAAUUGGACAAAUGUGGUAAUAUUUCUAAGGGUGAAUUUCAGUGGAUGUUGACUACUUAGAUAAAAUAAUGUAUUUUUGUCAUACAUAAAUAUAGAUUUGACAUGGAUAAUUUUUAAAUUGUAUAAAUUUACUUUUAUAAUACACUUAUACAAUAUGGUUCUUUUUUAAUGAAAUGAUUUUAAGCAACAUGUUUUACAAUGAAUGGUGCUGAUUUUCAAUUGAAAAACCUAUAUAGUUAAAAAUUAAAAUUAUUUCCCCACUCAAUUGUAUUCUUGUAUGGAAGACUUGUACAUAUAUAAAUACAAUUUGAUAAAAAUAUAUUAAUUAUUUCCUAAUACAAUUAUGUCUUACUUGUGUAUCAUUCAUGAUUAUUAAAUGGCAUCCAAUUUAUUUAAUUUAUGUUAUCAUUCAUGUG